GAUGGACGAUUCAGAUAUUAUGCUGAUGGAAUUCUAAGAAUAAAUAAACUCGAAGUGUUAAUAAUAGAGGUAUCGUCUGCCUAUGAUAAGGCAACAAAUGUAAAAUUCGCCUUUGAUCAUUACAAAGGCAUGUUCGGUGCAUUGUCCGUUCUAAAGAAUAUUGCAAGUAGAUAUAAAUAUGCUACUUUUAAUACUUCCAAGGAACUGAAAAUACAUUUUAUACACGCUUAUGGUAAA